GACUGCGAGAGAAGUAAACACAGAUAUCGCGCAGAGCAUCGAUUCGGCAGAAAGAAAACGUGUUUGUUGGAAAUAGUUAAGUUUUCGAAUGUUUGCUCGUUAUUUUUGCUAGAAUUCGUUCAAAAUGGAUAUAGUGAAGGAAGUGCUUGAAAAGCAGAAAAAGGAUUUAGAAAAAUAUAAGCCAAUAACAGUGAAAAAGCACCUCGAAGCGGUAAUCGAUGAGGGGCACCUGAUGGUGACGGAUCCAAACUACUUCGACGAUGACAAGUUCAAAAGCGACAAAGAGCAAUAUUUGCUGGACCUGACCAGAGACAACACACAGCUACUGAUCAACAGCAUCUGGGAACUGCCUACAGAGCGCGAGGAGGAAUCCGUUGUCGCCAAACUACCUGCAGCCCGAAUGGUACUGCCCCGUGCGAGGAAACUUCCGGUACCAAAACCGUUGACUAAAUGGGAACAGAUCGCCAAGGCUAAGGGCAUCAAAAAACGAACCCGCGACAAGAAGGUUUACGAUGAGGUACUGGACAAAUGGGUUCCAACGUACGGCUAUCAGCGGUUCAAGGCCGAAAAGGAGAAAGAUUGGAUCAUAGAGGUCCCCCAGAAUGCCGACCCCAAUAAGGAUAUGUUCGCGGAGAAACGAGAUUUGCGGAUCGAGCGGAUAGCCAAGAACGAGAUUUCGCGCAUGAGGAAUAUUGCCCGGGCUAAAAAGAUCCAAACGCCACGUACUGGUUUUCUGGGACCGGAAUCAGCUUCGGCUAAAGAGCUCGUCACGGCAGCCAACAUCGCCAAGGCAUCGACGGCUUCGGUUGGCGUCUUCCAGGAGAAACUUUCCAAUGAAAAGCAAGCUCGAGGAAUCGGCGUCAAGGAGCUAAUGCCCGGAAGGAAACGAAAGCGGACACCGGUCACGAUUCCUGGCGAGAAGAAACGGAACAUGGAAAUAGUCAAUAAGGUGCUAAACAAGAAGCCCAAGAUUGACGUUGAAAAGGCCAUUUCGCUGCAGAAGGCGGAGGCACGAGCAGAAAGGGAAGCUGCUGCCGGUGAGGAAGGUGGCAAGAAGAAAGGUAAGGGUAAAGGCAAAGGUAAGGGCACCUUUGGACGAAAGAAGCCGAAGGGUGGUCAAGGUAAGAGAAACCACAGCAAACGAGCCGUUGGGCGUAAGAGGCGUUAGGGUAUCAUUUAGAGCAUAAGACAAUAUACAACUGAAAAUCA